AUUUUAGGUUCAUCAGUCGUCAUUUCACAUCGCUACAGUAGGACGGAGAACGUCAGGACUCACUUUCAUCAUAUUUCUCUUACAACUGUAGUGGAGAAUUGCCUACUAUGAACUGAAACUCUUCCUAAAAUCAAAAACAAGUAGAUCCUAGUGAAGUGACGCAUAAGCCAGUAGAUUCCAGUUUCGAGUUGUAAUUUUUUGCACCUCAAUGUAGCUAGAGGAAAUGGCUGUGGAAAGCAUGACUGUCCAUCCAAACUCCCCAACUACCAACCACGAACACAACAGUCUCCUGACUGACGAAAGACCAGAGGAUGGAGAGCUGGAGGAGGGUGAGCUGGAAGAUGAUGGGGGAGAAAUAGAGGGGGAGGACAUGGGUGGAGGUGCGUCAACAGCAGGAGGCGGUGGCGGAGAUGUGGCCGAUGAAGCAGAUGGAGGAGGUGAAGCGGCAGGGGAAGGUGUUGGUGAGAGGCCUCGGCGAAGUCGGGAGCACCACGCCAGCAGCGAGUCAGAUGAUGAGAGAUCCCACCGUCGCAAGAGGAAGAGAAAGAAAGAGAGGGAGCGAGAAAGGGAGAAGAGGAGGUCCAAGAAGAAGCGCAGAUCCAAACACAAACGUCAUGCAUCUUCUGAUGACGACUACUCAGACUACAGUGAUGACUCGGACUACAGUCCCAGUGAGAAGAGGAAGUACAGAGAGUACAGUCCUCAGUACCCCCUGCCUUCACGCGGGGGCUACAGCAGCUCAAAGAAGGGCGGCUACAUGAAGAUGGACAAGCAGGGCUACGGAGGCUACGAUGAGUAUGAUGAUGACAACUUUGAUGGAGAGGAAGACGAGGAUGUGGGGGAUGAAGACUACGAUGACUUCACCAAGGAGCUCAACCAGUAUCGCAAGGCCAAGGAGGGAGGGGGCGGCCGUGGUGGGCGAGGUGGGUCCACGGCAGCUUGGGUGAAACUGCUGAGAGUGAAAAGAGGAAGAGGUCGUAUGAAGAACCAAAGAGGCCGUGGAGGGAUGAGGGGAGGGAGAAGGGGAAGAGGAGGCAGAGGAAGAGGAGGGAGAGGCGGAGGAGGAAAGAUGGGAGGAGACAACGACGAUGGAGACGGCUAUGGAGACGAAAUGGAGUAUGGAGAUGAUGACUAUGACAACAUGGGUGAUGAUGACUUUGAUGACUACUCAAAAGAACUGAACCAGUACAAAAAGUCCAAAGACAGAGGAAGAGGAGGUAAAGGAGGGCGUGGGCGAGGCAGAGGUAAAGGAGGACGAGGUAUGAUCAGAGGAGGAAGGGGCCGAAACAGAGGGCGAGGAAGAGGUGACAUGGGAAACGAUGACGACAACAAUGGAGACAUAGACAACGGGGAUGGAGCUGGAGGGGAUGGACCAGGGCUAGGGAGGAGGAAUCAGAACGACAAGCACCAGGACAGGAAAGGAAAGGCUAUCUGCAAGUACUACAUCGAGGGCAGAUGCACCUGGGGGGAUCACUGCAACUUCAGCCAUGACAUUGAGCUGCCCAAGAAGAAGGAGCUGUGCAAGUUCUACAUUACUGGGUUCUGCGCCCGGGCCAACCACUGUCCUUACAUGCAUGGCGAAUUCCCCUGUAAGCUGUUCCACACCACUGGUAACUGUGUCAAUGGUGACGAGUGCAUGUUCUCCCAUGAAACCCUCAAUGAUGACACUCAGGAGCUGCUCAACAAGAUGCUGGCAGAGGAUGCAGAAGCCGGAGCUGAGGAUGAGAAGGAGGUGGAAGAGCUAAAGAAGCAGGGGAUCAACCCUCUCCCCAAACCUCCUCCUGGAGUUGGCCUUCUGCCCACCCCUCCUCGGCCUGUUCCUUUAGACAGUAACACAGGGGCUGGGGAUUUUGGCAGGCCUGUGGCAAGUGACUUUGGGAGUCUUCCGGGACCUAACCAGGGGCCCAUUGCCAGCAAAGGUCCCACAGGUCCAGGGCCUGUUCCUGUGCCUAACCCCUGUGGUGGCCCCCCUGUCCAUGGCCCUGAUGGAGCUCCAUUCCAAGGUGGGCCCCCUAACCCUAGCGGCCCUCCUCCCCACAUGGGCCCCCCACCUCCCGGUGGUGGUGGUGGCGGCGCAGGGAAGAAGAUCCCCUCGUUGUUUGAGAUUAAAGUUCAGCCAACAGGACAGCUGGCUCAGAAACUGGCAGUCAGGAGCCAGACUCCCAGUGGCAACCAGGGCCAGUCUGCAGCACCUGGACCCCAAGGGGCCCCUGGUGCCCCCCCUCCCUGCUUCCCUGGACCUCCAGGCAUGAUGUCCCCUGACAUGCAGAACAUGGGCCACAGCCUUGGAAUGAACCAGGGCCCCCCCAGCAUGGGCCCCAGUGGACCACCCAUGAUGGGAGGAUUUGCGCCUGCCAAUGGCCCUCCACAUGGAGGCGCUAUGCCUCCAGGUCCUCCUCAGGCUGGAGGAAACUUCUUCAAUAACUUCUUCAGUCAGCAGGAGGAUAUGACAAUGGAGGGGGUGGUGCAAGAAGGUGACAACUAUCAGGGUUUUUCUGGCAUGGAUGAGAAAGGAGGUGCAGAGAACUUUGGUAAUCAGUCAGGUGGUCAAGAAGGCUCUGGUAAUGGAGCGUCAGCCAAUCAGGGAGGGCUUUCGGUGCCCGACUUCCUGCCUCCAGCACAACGUGUCCUGUUCAUGAGGAUCCAACAGAAGCAGCAGGAGGAGGAGGAACGAGCUCGCAGGAUGGCUGAGGGCGGAGCACAGAAAAGUCGAGACACUGAAGGUGACUCAGGGAACUGGUACUCCAGUGAGGAUGAGGAUGGCGGUGGUAGUGUAACCUCCAUCUUGAAGACGCUCCGUCAGCAGACCCAGGCUCCUCAAAAACCGGACACUCCCCCAAGCGAUCCUCGACUUCAGAAGGCUUCUCCUGGCAACCCCCUAGCUCGCCCAGCUGACCCCCGCUUGGUUCGGGAUCCCCGCCUGGCACGCCCCUCAGACAUGGCACAACUCUCUGAUUCCACCCACUCCAUGUGUGCUCCACCUUCCUCUGGACCACCUGCAGACCCCAGGUUAGCGCGGUUAGCUGCUGCAGCCUCAGCUGGAUCUACCUCUCACUUGCCUCCUGCUCCUAAACCAGAACCUCCACUGGUCUACAAGCCCCCACCUCUUAUGGCACCAGCAGCAGAUGAAGAGGAGACGGAGCGGGUUAUACGGGACAAGCCGGUACCGAUUCCUCUGGAUCCACUCAUGGGAAUGGCUCUGAGAGAUCCACGCUCCCAGCUGCAGCAGUUCAGCCACAUCAAGAAGGAUAUUGUUCUUCACAUGCCAGCCUUUGCUAAAACUAUCACCUGGUCACCGGAAGAUCUCCUCCCACUCCCCAUCCCUAAACAGGACCUGCUUCCACUGCCACCAGGCAUCCCUCCCGUGUCUUCCCUAGAUCUACGUCUGUCCCAUGCCCAGCAGCAGCUCCACACAUCACUUCCUCACUCACAGCCUUCCCCGGUGCAGCCUCCACCUUCCGUGGACCCCCCCGCUCCCUCUUCCUCCACCUCGUCCCUCCCAGACUUUGAGCUGCUGUCUCGUAUCUUGAAGACUGUAAACUCCAGCCCUUCCCAGACACCCUCCCCUCCUCUCUUACCCACCCCUGCUGCUUCUGUGUCUCUACUGGGUUCCCCUCCUGCUGUGCCUCCUGCACCUGCAGAAAAGCCUGUUGACCCCCGUGUAGCCCGCAAAGCCCCCACAGACCCUCGUCUGCAGCCACAGAAGUCAGCACUGAAGCAGCCAUCAGACCCCGUGCCGCCUCCUGUCCGUUCUACAUCUCCAGUAGCAACAUCAAGUUCCCCCCCUCCUACCAUCGCCCCCUACGACCCAAGAAUACUCUCCUCAGGUGGAGCAGGGCGUGGUGUGGGGACAGGGACACCAGGGGGCGCUAGUGUGCUGAGCAGCAUCAGUCUGUAUGACCCUCGGACUAACAAACCAGGCAGCCCUGGUGCCAGCAGUGGCAAUUCCCCCAACCCAGUCAGCACAGAGUCCAAACCCAGUGAGCCCACGACAGGUAAACCAAAGUCCAAGGAGCCCCUGUUUGUUCGUAAGUCUGCGUUGGACCAACCAGAGCCAGAGAAAAGUGGAGAACAAGGGACCGAUCGAUACAACAGCUAUAACAGGCCCCGACCCAAGGAGGGUCGGCUGCCAGCUGCCAGUGGAGGUUUGAGUGCUCCUGGAGCUGCUGCAGACCAGGGCGCUGCAGGUGUCCACAGCUUACCAGUGUCCUCUCUAUUUGGCGUGGUGAAGCAAGCGACCAAGCCCGGUGGCACGAGUAGCCCCUUUGGAGGAAGCAGCCCAGUGCAGCCCGAGCAGGCGCCCACAGAGCAGGACAACGGCUCGCUGAAGGACGUUUUCAAAGGCUUUGACCCCACGGCUUCGCCCUUCUGCCAGCCCCCCCGCCACUGGAACCUCACCAUGUGGUCAGCCAUCGGCUUGUUUUGGACACUGAUCAGUGAAAAGGAGAGAGAAAAGCGCACUGAGGCGACUGCCUGUAAGACUGGAGAAGACCAACUUUUGUGAACAAACUGAUGUCACACAACAAGUUUCGAACACACACACACACACACACCCUUUGCCACAGUGUUGCAGAUUCUAUAAAAGACUCGUGGGUUGAGGGAAGGGUUUAAAUUUAAAUCUAUAUUUUAAGCAAACCUAUUGAUGUAUAAAUGUAUUCUCUUCAUCUCAAUGGCAGCAAAACCACAUUUAUUUUGAACGAGCAUUUUAACCUCACAUCUUGUUAUCUUUUGCUUUCAGCUCAGUAUUUUGUGAAUUUCAUUUUUAAACUGAUGUGUUGUUCAGAUUUGGCAUCAGAUGAAAGCAAGGUUACUUUUUAAAUCUUUUUUUUUCCCCACAAAUAUAAUUUAUUUUUGCCCUUUCUGUGCUUGAAUGAGGCGACUGCUUUAUCACCGUUGCCCGUUAGAAUGUAAUCACCUCCAUGUCACUGCUUUGCCCUUCUCUGUCCUCUGGUUCCUUCACUGUUUACAUUUGUAAAACUCAUGACCCAGCAUGCCACACUUUCUGCAGAGACAAAUGCACAUACCUUAAAUCUGUGUUCUGCUUGAUUUAUUUUUCUACUUCUUUGCACUGUCAGUUUCCUCUGAGGGCUGUAUGAAUAUUUCUUGGGCUGUAGCUCCUCCAGGUAUUUGGAGGAGUCAAACGUCGCCUCCUAUAACAGAGCAGGUGAUGUGUGACUGUCAGUGUUGCCUCUCUAACCACUACACCACCGUUGUUCGUUUCCUCCCGUGUACUGAAGACGGUCUUUUAGCAGUCCGUUGCUAAAAGGAGAAAAGGCUUUAAAGUGAACACAUUGUCUGUGAAAACACAGACUUGAUAACAGCACUGUCAGAAGAGACGGGAAAGAGAAUUUGCUGCUCAGACUCGCCUUGCUCCUCUCCAGUGGCACAUUUUAUCUAGCUGAUGGUUAGCCAUAACUUCAGCGUUGUUGCAGGGACAGUUAAAAUGACUUUUUAAUAUGUUGCCUGAAGGUUUGACCUGUAAUUAUUCAGUUAACACUCAUCAUCUCCAUUUUCUCACCUUGAUCAGAACAGGACACUUUGAUCCAGUGAUUCAAAAUAAUCAUCUUGAUUUUAGCUUGUAGUUACUUUUUGUUUGGAAAUCCUACAGAGCAUCGCUGCACCUUGCAGAGAGUGGAAACAUCUGCAGCCUCACAGCAUUAGUCUUCAGGGCUGUGGUGGUCGGUGGCAGUGCGACAGUCAUUAACUACAGUUGGACCUAAAAUGAAAUGUCUGGCAUUGAUCUGUGUAGGUGCUCCCUCUACUGGCCUGAGCUUGGAAUAAAACUACAUCUAAACACUGUCCAACACAGACUGGACAUGCUUCAGUAGAAGAUGUGCACGCUUUGUGGGGAUGAGGUCAUAGAUUCUACCUUAGACCACCAACAGCUGGUGCUUGUGCUCCGUCUGUUCGUCCAGCGAGUCGUUGCCAGGCUCAUUUGGGGAUUGUACAACAACUGUGAGGAUCGUGGACCGUCUUGUGUGUAAAUGUCAAUCGUCUUAAUUUAUUUUUUUAUACUUUGGUAUAUAUACUUUCUCACUUGUCAUUGUUGAACUGCAUCCUUUUAUGUGUUAACAACGUGGUCACCGCUCACCCCAGUGCAGGCAGCCGGUAACAGUGUGAAGAGACGGGAGAGGCUUAUUUUUUUAUUUGUGUAAAGAUUCAAACUAAAGAUUCACAGUUGGCUUCCUCCUACCAGGCCAUGAAAACACUUGUCAGUGUGAAAGAUAGUGUUGGUUUGUUCUUUUCUUCAUGGCUUUGUAAAUUAGUUGGGUUUUUUUUUUUUUUUUGUCAGUUUUAUGUAAAUUUGACCGGUAUCCUAUGUUUGGACAAGUUUUCUAACUGUACGCUGUUGAUGAGGUUGUCAAAGUAUUUAAAUAAACUU